AUAUGAAUGAUCGAUCAGGAAUAUCAACAGGUUGGAGAAUCCUCAAUGGCGCCUGAUAUGAAUACGGAAUAUUUAUGAAAGCUACAGAUGUAAGAAUACUCAAGAUGUGAAGGUGUCCAUGGGUGGAGACUGGCAGCCAUGUUUGAGGACUUUUUGGAUGAGAGUCCGGAUCCUAGCACAGUUCCGGGACACAGGGAAGGAACUGAAGAUCCGGAAACCCAUCUGUCCAUACAUUUGUGCAACUCCAGUUGACUUUGAGGAUGAACUAAAUUUCUUAGCUGAGAAGAUCUACCCUCGUAUUGUAGAGUUCUCAUUAAAAAGAGGUGCCUAUUUUAGCCCUGUUGAUAUUCGCUGGAAGCCUGAUGAUAACAUCAUCCAAAACGGGCAGCUUCUGCGCCUCCUCCUUGACUACAUCCACAAAUGCAUGCCAUUCCUUAUCUGUCUGUUAGGCGAGUGUUACGGCCCGUAUCGCCCAGACAGUUCGGCAACACUCCCAAAAUGUUUCUCUGGCAUCACGGAAUCUUCUCCACCUCUGGACAGGAACUACAUGGUGGCAGCGUCUGCAGGAUACGAGUGGGUUCUGGAGGAGUCUCACCAGAACUGCAGCCUAACGGAACUGGAGAUCAUCCAGGCGUUCCUAGGGGACAGUGAACACUGCAACUUCUACUUCAGGCAGGCGGAACAUUUGGACUACAAGUUUGCUGACCUGAGUGAGGAUGAGAAGGAAGCUGCGUGUGGUAUUUAUCGGGAGGAGAGCGAGCAUGCUGGACUGAAGAUCGCGGACUUGAAGCAGAGGAUUGUGAAGAAGGGUUUGCCAGUGCAGUACUUCAAGACCCCGGAGGAGCUGGGCAGCCUGGUGUUCAAUGACUGGACAGCUGUGGUGGACAUGUUGUAUCCUCCUCUUGAAGACUUUGAGAGUUUCAUAGAUACAGAGGAGUACACUGAAUGGAUGUCUCAGGAGUCAUUUGCGGAGAAUCUUCGACACAAAUUCAUUGCCUCAUCGACAAGUGACACUAUCAUGCAGCACUUGACCGACUUUGCCCUGUCAGCCCUUGAUGAGGUCAAUAUGGAAUCGGAGGUCGAGACCUUCUCCAAGUACAGAGCCUAUUCCGCCAGCAGCGCCCUCAGGAAGAGGAAGGAGGAGACCAGUAAGAGGAAGUCAUUAAUGAUCUUGUCGGGGGAGCGAGGGUCAGGCAAGUCUGCGCUGGUUGCAAAAUGGCUGAAGGUGUUUCACGAAGACAACCCUGAUAUGAAAGUCAUCCACCAUUUUGUUGGCUGCAGCGCACACAGCACUGACAUCACCAUCUUCCUCGCACACUGCAUCAAGCAACUACGCACACAUUUCCUCUCUCAAGACACGUGGGAUGACUCCAGCAGUCCCUCUCAGCCCAUAGAUAGCGAAGACCAGCCAACCAGCUUCCCGGAGACAUGUGAAGCAUUCCUGGCCUCUGCCUCCCUCGGUCCGUGUGUCCUGGUGCUUGAUGGGAUAGAUGAGCUGGGAACAUCCCUCGGUCUCACCCCACAGGAGGUGAAGGAGUUCCUCUGGUUACCAUCAACACUGCCUCAGAAGUGUCGCAUCAUCCUCACCACCACCAGAUCAGAUCUGACCUUCCGCAAUCUGUCCAAACGGUCAGACGUCCAGCUUAUCUCCAUCCCGUCCAUCACGUCAAACUCCCACAAGAUGCACUUCCUCCAGGACAGCAUGAAGCAGCACUACUCCCACAUCUCCAAGUCCUGCCUGCAGCACAUCCUGGACAUCAAGAUGGCCUGUCGCCCCCUAUUUCUCAGUGUACUCGCUGCUGAGAUGCAGUGUUUCCAUGUGUACAUGAAGCUGGAAGAGUUCAUUGAGGACAACCUGGAGGUGUGUUCGGUGCGGGAGUUCUGGACCAAGUGUCUGCAGAGGUGGACGAGUCACUACAGCUGGCAACUGGAUUCACAUUCCACGGAGGAGGAUGACAAGAAGGAAUUUGAAUAUGUCGGCUGGGUGUGUGACGCACUCUGUCUCCUGGCGCUGUCACGGAAUGGCUUGUCACAGAUUGAACUCAUGCAGCUGCUGCGCAACAUUGGCUACGUGGGCAGUCUCGAGGUGUCUCAGUAUGAUUGGCUGCAGUUCAGGUCGUGCCUUGGGUCAUCUGUGUACGACAAGGCAGACGGACUUAUUGACUUCUCACAUCAACAUCUGAAAGAAAUCGUGGAAUAUGUAGUGCUACGCAUUGUGAAAUCAUCAUCGAGUGAUGUGUGUCGGAAGUCGGAGCUCGAGACAGAUUGGGCGGAAAAGAAGAGGAAACUACACAAUCAUCUUGCUGAGUACUUCAACGAUCAGCCUCACUCACAGAGAAAACUCCAGGAGUUACCAUGGCAACUGAUGAUGGCAGGAGAUCAUGAAGCGCUCCUGGGAUUUGUGACACACAUUGACUACCUGCUGGAUUUGCUGGAUGAGAAGGGCAAGUUCCCAGGCAACCGACAUGACCUGAAGAUGUACUGGGUGUUCCUGUCCCGGGUUGGUCUGGAGGUGGACAACACGUACUGCCAGCUGCUGGUCAGGAUCGGGCUUCUGGAGUCAAGUCUCAAGGUCUUGCAGCCUGUGAUGAUGACAGAGGUACCCGAUGACUCAGACUCAGAGGAUGCAAGGAGUGUGGAGACCCCUGAUCUCCGGAGGUCCACCGUCCUUCACACCCCGACGCUCCGAUGUCAGCAGUUGUCCGUGAUAGAGGAAGGGUACAGCGAGACAGAGGAGAGAUUCAGCCAGCAGUCAGAAGUUUUAAAAGAAGAAGAAAACAUAUGCAUAUCCGAUAAAGGACUGGUUACCUCCCUUGCAUGGCACAUCGGUCAGUUCUUGCUAGGGCUGGGACACGCUGAGACCACAGAGCAGAUCCUCACAGGCCUUCUACAGUACCUCUGCAGGAACUACCCGUUGAGCUGCAGUGAGCUGAAGGUGAUGGCGGAGUGUCAUGAGAUGCUUUCGGAAACAUCCACCACUCCCGCGGCGACGUGCGGCACUGCGAGGGUUCUUACCGACGAGCUCAGGAUCGUUAUCGACCUCAUUGAGAAGAAUGAUGAGGACAUUGACCUAACUCGACUACAGGUGCUAAAAGGUCGUCUACUGGGGCACCAUGGCAGCCUCAGGCUAAGUGAGGGAGAGCUAGGGGAGGCCGAGGACCUGCUGAAGGAAUCACUGGAGAGUAUCGAGAACUGUCCAGGUCAUAUCACCCUGAGGGCGACCAUCCUCUACCAUCUUGGAAUUCUAAGGCACAAACAACAGGACUGUCUUCGAGCCGAGUCAUGUCUACGUCAGUGUCUCAUCCUACGUGAACAGUGGUUUGGAAAACGUCAUCCCUUGGUUGCUGAUGUGCUGGUAGCGCUUGCCAGACUACUUUCUUCCACUAGUAAUAACAAAGGGUGUGACAAGGCACAAGCAGAACACCUGUACAGUCGGGCCAUAGAGGUGCGAGAACAGUGCCUCACCUCAAACCACCUCCUCACGUCAGAGAUACUCUAUGAACUGGGUUGUUUGAUUGGAGAGCAGCCAAGUUAUUCAGCCAAAAUGGAGUCCAUAACAUUACUGAGGAAAGCUCUGGACAUUCGCACAACAAGAUUAGGAGGAGACCACCCAGACACAAAGGCCGCCCAGCAGUACCUCACAAACCAGGAGGUGAUGCUUCGACUGGGGCACUAUGAGUUUGGGCCUGCCAAACCAACUGACACUCGGACACCAUCCAACCCCUACAGCAGUCUUUCCUUCCGAGAUAAAGAUCUUUCAGCUAUGAAGAAGAAGUUCCGUCCAUCCACUACCAUUAACAGACUUAGAAAUGGUGAUCGUGACUGUGUGAGAUCUGUCAGCAGAGAAGACCUCCUGAAGCACAAUCGUCCUCUCAGCAUAAUGGGCAGCUCUGCUAGUGUAAUGAGUGCUUCAGAGAGACUUCUGACAGACUCAGACCGACCAAAGCUGUUGAGAAGGGGCUCAAUGGAGAGACGCUUUCAGCAGGCCCUAGAUAUGGGUAAAACUGUGCCUCUGUCCGAGACGAACGCUUCCAGUUUGACAUCAGAUUCUUCAAUCAGGAGGCUGACUGUGGACCUCAGUUUUGCAGGGGGAGGGGACGGUGAUGGGGAUGAUACCAAAAAACCAUCAGUCACGGUCUCAGAGCCGCAGAUUGACAACUAUGCUAGUGAAAUGGCUGCCAAGCCUCAGAAAUCGCCAAAGAAGGUUCCAGUGAAAACUAAAGUGGACUCCCGACCAGUCAGUGCUCCUCUGAAGCUUUUUGCUUUGUAUGGCAAUGCUGGAAAUGUUAGGCUCAGCAUGCCCAAUAGGACUCACAGUGCCAACUUUAAUCGAGGAGAUGGAUUAGGGAUCUACACUACAGGCACUUCGUCUUCCUGCCUCACCAACAGCAGCCUCCAGAGUCAUCGGUCUCGCUGCAGCAUCCCGGGACCGCACGCCAUCAACGUGUCCAACUGCCGCUCCAUCUCGGGCCCACACAGCUCCAUCUACAGUCUACUGGACAAGCCCGGCAUACCCCGGGAUAUGAAGCGAGCAGUUCAUCACAAAGCAGCCUGGUAUCACGUCAAAGGCAGGUAUCCUACAAACGAAGAACCAGUUCCAUCGAAGCGAUCCCAGAGUCGACCAAACUCAGUUUCCAGUUCGUCAAGCAGAGUAAAUACGAAUAUAAAUGGUGUGAAACAAAAGGAAUCUGUAUCUCGUAAGCAUGCUGUAGGGAAGAUCAUCAUGGCACAGCGGUCUGAGCCUGUGCUUGUUAAUCCACACCCAUCACAAGAUUCCCGACAAAGGGAGACAAUCCGUGAGGGUAUGGCAUUGAAUUAUGCUGUCGUCUCCUUUAAACCAGAAUCUGUGGUUGUUACCUAAUAUCUGCCCUGUCUCUUGUUUUAGGUUUUGUGUACAUAGAUGUAAAUUUAUGAAUGAAGAGAUGAUGUAUGAUAUUAGUCAAUGCAGGGUAUUCGCUUAUGUAACCAUUCUUCUCUGUAUCUCAGUACAGGUAUGUAAAAAUAAUUAUUAAAUAUUUCCCUUUGCUUCAUAGGAGAAAGAUCUGUUUUUCACAGUUUUAAUUAACAAAGUAAUCAUUGAUCCACUUAAAAUUAAUCGCUUAUUUUUCUCUUCAAAUGUUAGAAACCAGUGUUGUAUUUUUGAUCAAGUCUGACAUGAAAUAUGUAACAUAUUUUGCUAUACUUUUAAUCUCUUGCUCUAGUAUCAGGAAACAAUGGUUAAUCUUAUUCCUGAAACAGGAACAAAUUAUACAGCUGGUAAGAACGGUUGGGUAAACUAAUGAUACAGAUUCCUAUAAUAUGGGACACUUUGAGUUUGGCAAUGGUGACUGCCUUACAUGUUUCUGUUCAAAAUACCAAUGAAUAUGUAAAUUAUGCAAAUUAUAGAAUAUGAUUCUAUAUAAAUAUAUAUAUUUAUUUAUUCCCAUAUUAAGAUGUGUUUCACAUACAAACCAGGCCAAAUAUAAAUAUUAGUUUUCAGGUUAUAUUUAUCUGUAGCUUGGAGAUCAGGAUGUUUCUGUUUCAGGAGGAACUGUGUCUCAUUUAUGAUUUUAUAUCAAAAUAUAUAUGCUCAUCUGAAUUGUAUUUACUUUUGUUAUAUUUGUAGUUGGAAAGAGUUAUCUACCUUGUGCUUCCAUGAUGAAUGAUCUGAUAAAAACUGAUUUACACACAAAAUUACAUGUUUCUCAGAGAUUGAGUUGUAGUGAGCAAAACUUGAUGAAACUUAUGUGGUUAUAUACUUGUUAUGCCGUUAUAUUCCUCUUCCAUGUUUCUGCAUUCUUAUGUCCCCUGCUGUGAUAUUGCUGGAAUGUUGCUAAAAGCAGCAUAAACACCCACUCACUCACACAUUACUGUUUUCUGUUAUUAUACACAAUAAAAUAUGCUCUGGGAUGAAAUAUUUUGGUCACAUUAAAGUGCACAUUUCAACAUUGUGAAGUGAUUGAUCUAGAAUUUGGUCAAGUGGAAUUUUUGGAGCAGGAUAUUUAUUACAUACUUAUUAUGGUAAAUACGUUAAUGAUGAUGAUAAGCAAGUUUGACCACUAUAUGGGUUCCUAACCCAUCUUGAUAAUAAUCAGCCUAAUGAUUGUUUCUCCCAAUGGUCAGCGACAAUGGAAAGUGGGCUAAGUUGUUAUUCACAACAGAGGGCUGCAUAAUUAAGUUGGGUAAUGUUUAAGUUGUUUUGACGCAAAAAAUAUAUUAUGUGUCUCAUGUAUCAAGUUUGUGUACUUAUGAAACUAAUAAUAUUUGUUAAUUUAACUUAUUUUUGAUUUAUAUGAGAUAUUGUGAUAUUUGUUCCAAAAUAACAUUUACAAGAAGGCCAGUAUGAUGCGUAACUUAUGGGAGAAAAAAUAUUUCUUCCAGUUCAGUAAAUAUAGAACUAUUAUAUUUUUCUUUAAGAUUAUUACUUUAAUAAUGUCAUGUGAAAACUCUCAAAUUGUGAUGCCAGGUCGCCUGUCUCAGAACACAGUGCUUGAUAAUAUCAAGAAAACAUGAAAGAAUCUCUCGUAGCGAUGUUCUUAUACAGACAAUCAGUAUUGUGUCAGAUACUUUUAAUGAUAAAAGUCUGUAUGAUAUGACAGUAAUAUAUAUUUUUUCAAAUGUUACUGAUGAUAAUAAUUUUUUAAUGUUUUUCAUGUUUGUGUCAUUUGUGUCAACACUACUGAAUAUGAUUCUUACCGGUUAAACAGGUGACACCUGUUUUUAAAUUUCAUGUUUAAUUCCAUAAAUUAUUUCUAUAGACUUCUCGCUGAUACAUGGAUUUGUGAUGAUUUUACAAGUAGAAUUUGCUUAUAUAUAAAUAGAGGUGUGACGAUACAGAAAUUUCACGAUACGAUGCGCAUUGCAAUAUCUUGAAAUGAUACAAUUCAAUUUGAUGUAUAUCACGAUAUGCUAUCUUUAUUUUCUUUUAACAAUUGGAAUUUACUACUAGAAUAGAUAGUGCCUUAGAGUAAAUGUCCUGACAACCCUUUCACAAUAUAUCUUGAUGACUAAAGAGAUUAAUUUGAUUAGCAAGUAUGAAAUUUCAAUUUUUACUUAUUUUCUGAAAAUACAAACUUCAGCAUGGUGAUGUCAGUAUCAAAUAAGUGAACAGCCCCAACUCUGCACAGCAUGGGGUCAGGGAGUGGGGAGGGGGGCAUUUUCACAGCCUCCCUGAAAUAUGAAAACCUGAAUGAAACUUUUAGCCAACUCAUAGGCUUGUUUCUAUGGAAACGCACCUCCGCUGGUCACCAGACUGAUACAGGAGGAAAUUCAAGUCUUGAUUUUGAAAAGAGAAAUAUAUUUUCAAAAUGUAUGUUUUGUAGGCUGUCUGCACACAUACAUUUUACAGUGAGCCUUCAUAACAUACUUCUUUACACUAUGGCUUAAUUUCAUCAUGAACCGGUGAGUCAGUUUUGUGAUAUUUCAUGGACUGUACUUGAAUACUGCAUCACUUUACACCGAAAGACAGCUUUGACAAGCCAAGGAGGCCACACCCCAUCUGUGUAUAGGUUUGGACCCUGGAGUUUAAGGUCAACGAUGCAUAUCAUGAUACGAAAAAAGUAUCGCUAUAUUUAUCAGUGUCACAAUUAUUGAUACUACCAUAUAUCGUCACAGCUCUAUAUAUAAACUAAACAAAUCCUCAGACCCAGGUGCAGGAGAAGUUUAUAUUUAUUUAAAUACAAUAUGUCUCAACGCUGCUGAUAAUACAUUAAAUUCAUCCUUGUUGUCCAGCAUGUAAUCUGGUUAGUUUUCUGUGAUAAAAAUAUUGGAUUCAUUCCGUACUUUUGUUCAGUACUAUGAUAUACAUAGAACUGCUCUUGGUCAUUAGUGUAAUUUGAUUGGAUGGCUUUUUUUAGCUUUACUUUAUUUAUGACCCAAAGAAUAUAGUUUAGUAAGAAAUUAUGAAGAAUGUCUCUACAGACAAUAGUUAUGUUUUAUAGAUUGUAUGGAGUAUCAUGGCAGGUUUGAAUUCAAGAUUUAAAAAAGUAUUAUUUUAGUUCAAUUGUUUCGUUUUGUGGUUAUUGAUUAGACAUUUGUGAGAAUUACUUCAGAAUUUUUUUUUUUUUAUGAAGUCAUUAUGUUGUAGAGGAAAAUGAAAUUUCCACUUUCAGAAAUGGAGAUUGUUGUAAAUGUAUAAUCUUAACAUGAUGUGUGCUUGAAAGAACAUUCCAAGCACAUUCAUUGCAAAUAAAACCACCUUUUACAUCA